GGCGACCAACACUCUCGUUCUCACAACGAAGUGUGUACAGACGUAUCGCAUACCUUUCAAAGGUACCACCGUGACACCACGCCCCGAUCCUUCUCCGGCGGAGCCUUCCGUGCCCACACCUUCUCCUCCUAUCACUGUCACCUCGCCUCAGCAGUUCACCCACUUCAUCCGACAGGACGACGUCACCUUCUUUAUGGUGGACGUGACGGAUCUCUUACACUAUGAUCCCCCCUGUCCCGACGCCGAGCUCAUCCUUCAGGAGCCAGAUCCUUCUUCUAUCUCCAUGGCUCUCAUAUCUACUUCCGUCCCUCCGCCGUCCGUCGAGUCCACCCCGCCAUCGCGCGCUGACGCUGACGCUGAGGAAUUCGCACGAUGUACGGCUGACCUGGAGCCCGCAGUUCGUGACCUCAUCCGAGAGUACCACGACAUUUUCCCAUCGUCGUUCUCGCACGCCGGCAUCCCACAGAUGCGUGACGUCGAGCACUCCAUUCAGCUCGUGCCUGACUAUCGUGUUCACCACCAGGCACCCUACAGACUCUCGAUCCCCGAGGCCACCGAACUCAAGCGUCAGCUUGAGGAGCUCCUGAGACUGGGUUUCAUUAAACCCAGCAACUCCCCGUGGGGUGCACCCGUCCUCUUUGCUCGCAAAGCGGAUGGAACUCUUCGUCUCUGCAUCGACUACCGCGGUCUCAACCGCUACACGGUUAAGAACAGUUACCCCAUGCCUCGUUCCGAUGAGCUGUUCAACCGCCUAGCAGGCAACCGCUUCUUUACAAAGAUUGAUCUUCGUAGCGGUUACUAUCAGAUCCGCGUCGCUGCAGCCGACCAGCCGAAGACAACGUUUCGAUCGCGCUUCGGCCACUACGAGUUUACGGUGAUGCCAUUCGGCCUCACCAAUGCACCCGCCACCUUCCAGAGGGCGAUGAACGACAUCUUCAGGGACAUCCUGGAGCAGUACGUUCUCGUCUACCUCGAUGAUAUCCUGGUCUACAGUCGUAUCCUUGAGGAACACCUCAUACACCUCCGUGACGACCUUGACCGUUUGCGCAGACAUGGCUUCUAUACCAAGCUGAGCAAGUGCCGCUUUGCCCAGCACAAAGUGGAUUUCUUAGGACACUACACGUCUGACCAGGGUCUCCACAUCGACGACGCGAAGAUCACUGCUAUUGCGGAGUGGCCCGCUCCCACAUCCGCCGAGCAGCUUCGCAGUUUCCUAGGCCUGACCAGCUACUAUAGUAAUUUCAUCCGGGGAUACGCUAGGUAUUCCUACGUCCUUACCUCCACCCUCCUCCGGAAGAACCCACCGUGGGCUUGGACACCCCUCCACGAGGACGCCUUCCRYGCCCUCAAGAAGGCGGUGACAUGCGCACCGGUUCUUCACCUACCCGAUUUUGAYCGCCCKUUUAUCCUUACCACCGAYGCGUCAGACUUYGCUGUAGGAGCAGUKCUUUYUCAGGUCUUCCCYUCMUCUCCUGAUUYCUCUCAUCCUCGUAUCCCUCGCUUCCCACCACCUACCCCUACCACUGCUUCCCGACUGACGCCUACUCGUCCAGCUACUGACGAGCCUUCUAUUGACUAUUCUCCUACCAUCUCCGAGGACGGCACUGYCGAGUCUCGCUCAGGUGAUUGUYCGAUAGCCUUCUACUCYCGUCAGCUYCUGCCCGCCGAGAUAAACUACACUGCUGAUGAACGUGAGGUUCUCGCAGUAGUUUAUGCCGCUCGGCACUGGCGUCACUACCUGCACGGGGCACCAUUCACGGUGCGCACGGACAACUAUGUUGUCCAGGCUUUUCUGACAAAGCCGGAGCUCACUCCUCGACAGGCUCGCUGGUGGCGCGACCUAUCCGAGUUUAGUUUCACCACUGAGCACAUCAAGGGUGAGACUAAUCGGGUCGCAGAUGCCUUAUCCCGGCGCCCUGACCACGGCCAGGAGCAGAUCCAGCUCUCUUCCAUCUCGGUCACCACUGUCCACCACUCGGUGAUCGACGAGUUUCGCACUCAGUACCGCCACUGCCCCGACUAUCACGACAUCCACGCGACCCUUCGGAAUGGCAAGACCGUCCCGAACUACUCUCUCGGGGACAACAGUCUUGUGUACUGGCACGGUUCAAACUUGUGUUUUGGCUGAUCUUGAUGUGUGUGUGUGUUGCGAUUCACUCCGGGAUACUUCGGUAAACUUUUCUCUUGUGUAGAUGCUCUCAAUCU